AUGGACACACAAGCAGGAAUAUCUCAGAAGGACAUCUAAUGUUAUCCCCGGAUUGUGACAUAAAAGAUAAUGACAGUAGACAGGAUUCUCCAGGAGCUAACCCCAUUACCCCAAUUAUACAUCCAGCUCUAUCAGCUGGUCCCUCUGAUCCUGGGAAAUGUUCUCCUGAUCACUCUGAUAUUGGUGCAUCUGUUACAGCUCUGAAAGUAGAUACAGAGUUUCCAUGUGCUAUAGAUGCCAAAUGUUUUACACAGAACACCAAGCGUAUUAACCCACACACAGGUAAGACAGGUGAGAAGGCAUUUCCAUGUUCUGAGUGUGAGAAAUCUUUUACAUACAAAUCAUAUCUUCUUAGACAUAACAGAAGUCACACAGGUGAGAAGCCAUUUCCAUGUUCUGAAUGUGGGAAAUGUUUUACACGGAAAUUAGAUCUUAUUACACAUCAGAGAAGUCACACAGGUGAGAAUCCAUUUCCAUGUUCUGAGUGUGGGAAAUGUUUUUCACGGAAAUCAAAUCUUGUUAGACAUAACAGGAGUCACACAGGUGAGAAGCCAUUUCCAUGUUCUGAAUGUGGGAAAUGUUUUGCACACAAAUCAGAUCUGGUUAUACAUCAGAGAAGUCAUACAGGUGAGAAUCCAUUUCCAUGUUCUGAGUGUGGGAAAUGUUUUGCACACAAAUCAGAUCUUGUUAUACAUCAGAGAAGUCACACAGGUGAGAAGCCAUUUCCAUGUUCUGAGUGUGGAAAAUGUUUUGCACACAAAUCAGAUCUUGUUAUACAUCAGAGAAGUCACACAGGUGAGAAGCCAUUUCCAUGUUCUGAGUGUGGGAAAUGUUUUGCACAGAAAUCAGAUCUUGUUAGACAUAACAGAAGUCACACAGGUGAGAAGCCAUUUUCUUGCUCUGAGUGUGGGAAAUGUUGUUUAACUAAAUCACAUCUUGUUAGACAUCAUAGAAGUCACACAGGUAAGAAGCCAUUUCCAUGUUCUGAGUGUGGGAAAUGUUUUGCACAGAAAGCAGAUAUUGUUAGACAUAACAGAAGUCACACAGGUGAGAAGCCAUUUUCUUGCUCUGAGUGUGGGAAAUGUUUUGCACACAAAUCACAUCUUGUUAGACAUCAAAAAAGUCACACAGGUGAGAAGCCAUUUCCAUGUUCUGAGUGUGAGCAAUGUUUUGCACACAAAUCAGAUCUUGUUAUACAUCAGAGAAGUCACACAGGUCAGAAGCCAUUUUCUUGCUCUGAGUGUGGGAAAUGUUGUUUAAGUAAAUCACAUCUUGUUAUACAUCACAGAAGUCACACAGGGGAGAAGCCAUUUUCUUGCUCUAAGUGUGGGAAAUGUUUUGCACACAAAUCACAUCUUGUUAGACAUCAGAGAAGUCACACAGGUGAGAGGCCAUUUCCAUACUCUGAGAAAUAAAUCAGCUCUUUUUGUACAAAAUAGACAUCACUCAGGUGAGGAGCCAAUUUUAUCUUCUGGAGUUUACUUAUCAUUGCCAUGCAUUGUUCUUCAAGGUUCUUAUUAUAUCUCCUAUGCUUUUUGCAAUAUACAUGCUACCGCAGGGUGAAAUAAUCAGAUGUCAUGUCCUCAUCUACCACUGCUAUACAGAUAACCUGUCUUUUGCUCCGGGUACUGAGAACCCAGUACCAAUCCUAAAUGGUUGUCUAGCCGAGCUCCAGGUGGGGGUGAUGCCAGUUGGCUGCGACUCAGUCCUAGUGAAACAGGUCCUUAUGAUAGAAGCUCACCAACAAAGGGCAGGGCUACAGCUCAGCUUUGUUACCAACCAGACAUACGCUUGGGGGUUCAGAGUUACAAAAUGCUGAUCCUGUGCGGAAUCUUGGUGUCCUGGAUGGUGGAGUGACACUUAGACAUCAGGUAUCUUCCACAAUCAGAUCCUCAUGUGAGGGAAAAUAGCCAGAUUCCAGCACUUAUUUCCCUCAGAAUGUCUACUUACAGUCAUACAUGCACUUGUAUCAUCUCACAUUGACUACUGCAAUGUCCUCUACCUGGGUCUCCCAGUAAAAUUAUUGCACCAUUUGCACAUGGUACAGAAGGCAGCAGACAUGCUGUUACCUAACCAGCCCGUUCCUGCCACAUAACACCCAUUCUCUACUCCCUUCACCGGCUGCCUGUAAGAUGGUGACUCUAUUACAUAAUCUUACUGACUCUCCCAGCCCUACAUGACCAGGGUCCAUGGUACCAGAAGCAGCUUCUGUCACCUUACUGCCUACUUCCAUCUGCAGAUGAAGGACUGCUACCAGCAAUACCAAGAAUCCCCAAGCAGUGCUGAGAUAUCGGGGGAGACAAGGCGGGUGGCACUAUUGCUGUAGUGGAGGCUGCUGGAGGCACGGUCUGUGGGUAAUAUUGUCCCCAAGCAGCACUGAAGUGACGGGGUACACAGGGUGGCUGGCAGUAGUGGGGACUGCAGGAGGCAGUAUCUGGGUGACAAUCUUGUCCUAAAGCAGCGCUAAGGUGUCAGAGAGGGAGACAGGGCAGUGGCAGUAGUGGGCGGAGACAGGGCAGUGGCAGUAGUGGGCGGAGACAGGGUGGGUGGCAGUAGUGAAAGGAGACAGAGUGGGUGGCAGUAGUAUGGGGAGGCAGGGUGGGUGGCAGUAGUGGAAGGAGACAGAGUGGAUGGCAGUAGUGUGGGGAGGCAGGGUGGGUGGCAGUAGUGGAAGGAGACAGUGGGUGGCAGUAGUGUGGGGAGGCAGGGCGGGUGGCUGUAAUGAGUUGUAUGGGUCCUGCACAGAACCAGUUGAUAAUUAGACUUGAUGAUUAUGCUUCCUUAUUUCUUUUUUUUAAUCAAGUAGUAUUUUUAUUUAGUUUUGUGAUAUUUAUACAGUACAUAAAAUAUAC